AUGCGUUUCCACUAUAUUGCUUUGGCGGCAGCAAUCGCCCUUGCUGGUGCCGAGGGCAUCUCAACCACUCCGGAGUCCAAGUUGGCCAAGCCUGAACUUCCAGCUCUUCCCCGUCGUCUCAACAGGAUUCCGACCAAAAGGCUCCUGGGUGCUCACAAGGCAGCGGAUGCUUCUGAAGAGGACGAAGAGAGGGUUGGGUUCUUCAGCUCAAUGAACCUGGGCUUCAUCGAUGAUGCCAUCGACAACGUGCAGGUAAAGUUGCUCCUCGACGGUCUCAAGAAGAAAGAAACAAGCGUGGGUAAUGCCUACAAGGCUCUGCAGGCGGACAAGGUGACGGACAAUCUUCUGGCGAGCAAGGAGUUCAAGUUGCUGCAGCAGUACGUGAAGAUGACACACGAGAAAGAGCGAUCGCGAAGGCCAUGA